AUGAGCGACGACAUCUCGGGCCUCGAGGCCAUCCUGGUGGACGAGGAGUACCUGAACAGCGCCAAUCCCGGCGAAAUGGUGCUGAUUCGGCCGCCGCGACCGGCACCGGCGUCUUCUCCAGGCCCGCGCGAGUCCAGACGUGCCAGUAUCGACGCCUACGACGCCCGGGAUGACCAUUUCGGACGGGACGACGGAGAUGACGACGAUGAGGACGCCGACGAGGACGAAGAGGACGUUCCAGCGGGGCUGCAAGACGAUGAAGACGGCCAGGAGGACGCUGGCAUCAGUGACGAGGAGGUGGAGGACCCACCGCCGCAGUUGCGGCCUCGGAGCGUGCCCACGACGGACGCCCGAGCGACGUCCUCCGACGUCCACGUGGCUCUGCGGUCCCCGCCCCGCUCCAUGUCGCUCGGCAGCUUCGUGGUGGACGACGAGGACGUGAUGGAGAUGAACGCGCGCGAGCAGGAGCUGCUGGUGAACAUCCAGGAGCUGCAGCGCCAGUUGUCCAUGGUGCAGAUCCAGACGGACAAGCCGCAGGAGGAGAUCGUGCCGCCCAUGAUGGACGCGAGGCACCGGCUGAUCAUGGUGUCGAACCGCCUGCCGAUCUCCUUCCAGCGCAAUGAGGCCACGGGCGAGUGGAGCUUCACGAUGAGCUCGGGGGGACUCGUGACGGCGCUGAACGGCAUUCGAGACCAGGUGCCGUUCAUCUGGAUCGGCUGGCUGGGCGAGGAGAUCCCGCACGACGAGCAGAGCAAGGUGCGCGAGAAGCUGGCCAGGGAGUUCAACUGCGUGCCCGUGUUCCUGUCCAAAGAGAUCGCCGCGCGCUACUACAACGACUUCAGCAACGACAUCCUGUGGCCCAUCUUCCACUACGUGCCGCUGCCGCUGUUCCGGCCAGGCAGCGAGAAGAAGUUCGACUUCCGACAAUGGGACGCCUACAAGCUGGCCAACAAGCGCUUCGCACAGGCCGUGAACCAAGUGUACCGCGAAGGAGACUUCGUCUGGGUGCACGACUAUCACUUGAUGAUGUUGCCCUCGCUGCUGCGAUCGCGUCACCCGCACUGCAAGAUCGGGUGGUUCCUCCACACCCCGUUCCCCACUGCUGAGAUGUAUCGGAUGCUGCCCGUGGGGAGAGAGAUACUGGAGGGGCUUCUAGGCGCGGACUUGUUGGGGUUCCACACGUACGACUACGCUCGCCACUUUAUCGCGGCCUGUGCUCGUGUUCCAGGUGCGUCGACGUCUCCGAAAGGUAUCGAGCUCGGCGACCACUUCUCGGCCAUUGGAGUGUUCCCUAUCGGCAUUGAUCCAGAGCAUUUCGAGGACAUUCUGAACUCGGACGUCACGCAGAAGCGUAUCCAGGAGCUCACGGCUAAGUUCGCGGGCUGCAAGGUUAUCAUCGGCGUGGACCGCAUGGACUACAUCAAGGGCAUCCCGCACAAGCUGCUGGCGAUGGAGCGCUUCCUUUCGCUCUACCCAGAGCGAUGUAAAGACGUUGUACUGAUCCAGAUUGGAGUACCAUCACGUACCGGUGUACAGGAGUAUCAACACUUGGCGGCGAGUGUGAACGAAAUGGUGGGGAGGAUUAACGGGAGGUUUGGAACUCUGACGCAUUCACCUGUGCAUUAUAUCCAUCGAUCCGUGGCUCCUAGCGAGCUGGUAGCUCUAUACAAUCUGGCCGAUGUGUGCCUCGUGACGUCGAUCCGUGACGGAAUGAACCUCGUGAGUCACGAGUACGUGAUGUGCCAGAGUCAGUCGUGCGAGCCGCACCGUGAGGGACCGGGCGUUCUCAUUUUGAGCGAGUUCGCCGGCAGUGCCCAGUCGUUAUCCGGAGCGAUUCGCGUUAACCCGUGGAAUACGACGGACAUGGCGAAUGCGCUGGGGUAUGCACUGGAGCUGCCGCUCAUGGAGCGCGAGUACCGCCAGACCAAUCUGUAUCGGUACGUGAAGACCCACACAGCCAGCUUCUGGGGCAGGAGUUUCCUGACAGAUCUGGAAGACGCAGUGUCGCGACCAAGGGCGGUGGUGAAGAAGCUGGUCAGAUUGCCAACGAUUGAAGUGCUUGGAGCUUACGCGCGCAGUCGCCACAGACUGCUGGUGCUCGACUACGAAGGAACUCUGUUCGAUGAUCCAACGCCAGCGGGGGCGCCGGCGCAGCAGCGUAGCAACGUCGCUCCCCCCAAACCGUUCGUCAAGCGGCUGGUCGAGACUCUCGCCAACGACCCCAAGAACACGGUCGUGCUUGUGAGUGCUCACGAGCGCAACGUGAUCGGGAGUUGGCUGACAGAUCGUCGUGUGGGGGUUGUGGCGGAGUCUGGCUACUUCUACCGACUGCCGAACGAUGAUGAAUGGCAGGUGAUGACGGAGGACACUGAUCCGUCCUGGAAGAAGGUGGUGCGGCCGAUCAUGCAGUAUUUCACCGAGCGUACCCCAGGUAGUCGCAUUGACAGCAAAGAAAGCUCACUGACCUGGCACUACGGCGAGACGGACCCGAUCUUCGGCCCGAUGCAGGCGCGUGACAUGCAGGUGAAUCUGGAAGACGUCCUGUGCAACUUGCCGCUCGAGGUCGUGCAAGGUACCAACCGCGUCGAGGUCCGCUUGCAAGGAGUGACGAAGACGCUGCUGCUCGAUGAAAUUCUGAGUCAAUUUCAGCCGGAUAACGAGCCUAGUUCGCCUGGGAGCAGGGGGCCACGACGAGAGGGAUUUUCGCCCAGGCAGAGCCGACGACAGCGGCCACCUGCACCCCAGCUUGACUUUGUGUUUUACGCUGGAAAUGGUGUAGAAGAUGACGAGCUUUUCUUGUAUUUCAAAGAGCACAUGGAGCAAGCGAGGAAGGAGGAAAGUGCCUUACAACCCACCGCCAGCGCCACUACAACUAUCGCAGACAAUAGUAGUCUGCCGCCACCUCCGUUGCCAGUACCCAGUGGAAUUUCCAGUGAGUCGUCGUCCGCCUUGUCGAAACGGGCCAACGUGUUCACAUGCCAUAUUGGCGGCAGCAAGACUGAGGCCAUGUUCCACUUGGAGCGUCCGUCGGAUCUCGCUCGUAUGCUGCGGGGUAUGACUUUGAGUUGA